AAUCAGAUGUGCAGGCAACACAUGAUGAGAAAUGUCCUGAAGGCGAGUCUGAAAAGAUCAUAAGAGCCAUGUUGUGUGUGAGCGGAGCUGAUUGAUGAAAGUUCCAGUCUGUGCUCCGUGCGGCCGGCGGCUCUUUCUCUCGCUUUCUGUGUGCAUGUUCUGGACGGACUGACGCUGAUGUGCGCUGGCAGGCAGGCAGGUUGUGAUCUUCCUCUGAGGUGAGGGGGGGGGGCGGGAAAAAAAAAAAAGAAAACAAGGAGAAGCGCUACGCGGUGAAAGUGAAAGAAGCUCCGUGACUGUGGGAAGUCCCGAGCCGGCGGCGGCAGCCCCCCGUUCAGUCCGACAGCAGUGGCAGAGAGGAGCGAGGCCCCGGGCCGCAGCAGCAGCAGCAGCAGCACACAGCCAUGGCUAACAUCGCGGUCCAAAGGAUCAAGCGGGAGUUCAAAGAAGUUCUCAAAAGCGAAGAGACAAGUAAAAACCAGAUUAAGGUAGAUUUGGUGGAUGAAAACUUCACAGAACUGCGGGGUGAGAUAGCAGGUCCUCCAGAUACACCAUAUGAAGGUGGAAGAUAUCAACUUGAAAUAAAAAUACCAGAAACCUACCCUUUCAACCCACCAAAGGUACGCUUCAUCACAAAGAUCUGGCAUCCCAAUAUCAGUUCUGUGACAGGAGCGAUAUGUCUGGACAUUUUAAAGGACCAGUGGGCAGCUGCGAUGACCCUGCGGACGGUGCUGUUAUCUUUACAGGCUCUGCUUGCUGCAGCAGAACCAGAUGACCCACAGGAUGCAGUAGUAGCAAAUCAGUAUAAGCAGAACCCAGAAAUGUUCAAACAGACUGCGAGGCUGUGGUCUCACGUCUACGCUGGCGCCCCCGUCUCCAGUCCCGAUUACACCCGCAAAAUAGACAAACUGUGUGCCAUGGGCUUCGAUAAGAAUGCAGUAAUAGCGGCCUUGUCUUCGAAAUCCUGGGACGUGGAAACAGCGACAGAGCUGCUCCUCAGCAACUGAACCGCAGUCAGGUGUGAGGAUCCGAAAAACUCCCUUCAUCUCCGCAUCAGCUCCACCGUCGCCUUCUGUUAAACAGACAACACGCCCUUCACCACAGCAAGCUGAGCCUCUUUGUUUUUAUCAGUUUGGCUACAAACUCAACACUGGUAGCACCGCAGUUGCCAAUAUGCACAUGCAUACACACACGCGCGCGCACACACACACACACACACCACCAACAAACUGUCUGAUCCCUCAUUCCAUUAAUGCUGGGUCUUUUCUUCUUAACAAAACGUGUGUUCUUGUAGUAAAUCAUCUAUAACACAGAUCUUCAAUCAUGCAUCUUGUCUUCCAUGAGGUUUUUUUUUUCUUCUCUUUUUUCCCACUGAGUUGUGUUUCCCUAAUAUUGCACAGAGUUUAAUGAUUGCUGUUGCUUGGUGGAUUUUCUAGUGUAAAAUCUAAAGGAAAUCCUCUAUAAUGUAGAUGAGUUUGUUCCUUCAGCUGCCACUUGGGACUUUGCAGCAGAUUCUCCUCUUAUGGACUCUUAGGACGGCAAAGAGUCUUGCUGGAUUACAUUUACUUGACGGGGUAGUGGUGUGCAUGGACAGUUUAAUGUAUUUUUGUUUCUCUCAGUCGAUCAUAGAUGCUUUAAUCCACUGCAGAAGUUUGGAUGUACAAGAUUUUUUUUUGUGUAUGUAGUAUUGGAAACUCACAGAGACAUCCUGACAUCUGCACACAUGCACAGAAGGAAAAAGUUUUCUGUAAAUAGUUGUGUGUAAAUUUGAAAAUACAAUGGGGAUAUACUUUUUUUCUUACAUGACAUUGUAAAACAAAUUAUUUUAAAUAUAAACUAUGCCUAGUUUACAAUUUUAUGGAGAGCUAUCUUUUUAUGCCUUUGUGAUCCAUGAGAAAUCCCUGUGAAUGUUUUUGUUUUUCUUCUUCCUCCCUCCUUUUGAAGUGUUAUUUUAGGGGUGGUUCAGCCAAAGGCCUGUUCAUAAUAGCACGGGAGGUUAACAUUGAGCUCAGGCCCCUGGAAGUUCAUCAGAAUUCUGUUUUUCCAUCUUGGUUUGUCUUCACGUGUUCUGUUGCCUUUCUUCUCCCUCCCCCUGUCUGUCAAACAUGCUCUGAGAUGAUCGUGAGACUUUCUGUAAAGAACCUGAAACACAUCAGCUUGGAGAAGCCACUGAGCGUGACCAGUUCGGAGUUUUAUCCACACGGAACCAAAGCAUUCUGUCUUUAUUUUCUGAGCAUGAUGCAGGACAUUGAGCAGAUUUAUCUUGUCAGCGAGGCAUGAGUGUGGAGAUGGGUCUUGUUUUGUGGUGCUUUUAUACUGAUUUGAGGUUUGGUUUUCAGAGGACGCGCUCACAGGUGAAGGUGGAGCUGUAAAACUUGACACUGUUCCAAUCCACUCAAUCCAACCUUUGGCCAUAUACCCCCCCCCCCCCCGGUGAAAGAGUGACAAGCUUUACUAUCCAGCCAAAUAAAAUGGUCAUCGAGGUCGUCUUUUAAAAUGUGUCUCAU